AUGACGGAGGGCAGGAGUGCCGCAGCAAGGAGGGUCCCACUGGGGACGCCUGAGGCUGUGGGAGGCGGCGGCGGCGGCGGCCCGGCCCCCGGGAUUCUCGAAGCGACUUUGCGUAGGUUUGCCGGUGUCCAGGCCUCCAGGCUUGUGAGAAUUUACGCCUACCACGAAUUAACUAAAACUUCAUGUGCUUUUUUUCUUUUUCCUUUUUCUGGUGGGCAGCCAAUAGAAAUAGAUAUGAUUGUAGGAAAAGACCGGGAAGGUUUCUUUACCAACGGUUUGACUCUUGGCGCAAAGAAGUGCUCAGUGAUCAGAGAUAGUUUAUACGUUGAUGGUGACUGCACAAUGGACAUCCGGACAAAGAGUCAAGGUGGAGAGCCAACAUACAACGUUGCUGUUGGCAGAGCUGGUAGAGUCUUGGUCUUUGUAAUGGGAAAAGAAGGGGUCCAUGGAGGCGGAUUGAAUAAGAAGGCAUACUCAAUGGCAAAAUACUUGAGAGACUCUGGGUUCUAGCUGAUAGGCAGACUGUUAAGUAUUAGGGGAAAAUUGCUCUUAAACUUUCCUAGUUGUAAGCUUAAGUCUUAAUUCUGGAAAUUUUAUUAGCAAUGCAGGGUGAUGGGGUAUGAACCUGUGUCUCCUUUGUAUCCCUCUGUUGGUGGGGAAAGGUGUCUUUCUUUCUGCCCUCCCCUGCUUAAAUAAUUCUGUUCACUUUUGUUUUGUUUCCUUGUGUACUCCAGCAUUGGUUAUAGUCAUGGGAAAGGAAGGUGUCCACGGAGGCACACUUAACAAGAAAGCAUAUGAACUGGCUUUAUACCUGAGGAGGUCUGAUG